AGAGGGGCCUGAAGGAUGGAAGCACUGAGAGACUCUUUUCUCCAUUUGACUUUUCAGAUGUCAACGUACAAAAGAGCAACGCUGGAUGAGGAAGACCUGGUGGACUCCACCGCUGACGACAUCUAUCCAUCGUCACCCCUGCAGGUAAACAUGCACAAAACACGCCGCGGCCCUACAUGUUGUCCGGACCGGACACAGAGCGAGAAGCGGGUGCUAUUUCUCGUGUGCAUCGUGUCCCUGGGCCUCUUCAUAUCUCUCAUCACAACUGGGGUCUUCUACAAACAGACUCAUCCUGGCCUGUGCCUAACAGAGCCAUGCAUCACUGUGGCCAGUACAGUGAUGGGCGCCCUGGAUCGAUCCGUGGACCCCUGCCAUGACUUCUACAACUUUGCCUGUGGAGGCUGGGUGAAGAACAACCCCCUGCCCGAGGGCAAGUCCCGCUGGGGACCUUUCAGCAACCUCUGGGAGCACAACAUGCUUGUAAUGAAGCAUUUAUUAGAAAAUGUGACAAUGAAAGGUCUGAGUCAGGCUGAGGGAAAGGCCCAGAGAUAUUAUCAGGCCUGCAUGAAUGAGUCCAAGAUUGAGGAAUUGGGAGCUAAACCACUACAGCAGCUGAUCAGCCAGAUUGGGGGAUGGGCCCUGACCGGACCCUGGGACAAGAAAAACUUCCAGGAAGUUUUGCGAAUGGUGUCGGGCAAUUACCGGACGUCCCCUUUCUUCACUGUGUUUGUCAGCACCGACUCGAAAAACUCCAACAGUAACAUCAUCCAGGUGGAUCAGUCCAGCCUGGGACUUCCUUCACGGGAUUACUACCUCAACAAGACAGCAAAUGAAAAGUAUCUGACAGCAUACCUCAACUUCCUAGUGGAGUUAGGUGUUCUUCUGGGAGGCACCAAGGAAACGUCUCUGGCAGUGAUGGAGGAGAUUGUGGACUUUGAAACAACUCUGGCCAACAUCACAGUCCCUCAGGAGGAGAGACGUGAUGAAGAGCUCAUCUACCACAAGAUGGAGGCCAAGGAUCUGACGGCUCUGGCUCCUGCAGUGGACUGGAUGCCAUACCUCAGAGAAGUGUUUGCUCCAGUGCCGCUCAACGACUCUGAGCCCGUGGUUGUUUAUGCCAAGGAGUACCUCCAGAAAGUCUCUGAGCUCAUAGAUAAAACAAAUAAAAGCCUCCUCAACAAUUACAUGAUCAUGAAGGUGGUGAGGAAGAUGGUUUCCAUUUUGGACCAGAAGUUCCAGGAUGCUGAGCAGCGCUUCCUCGAGGUCAUGUACGGAACCAAAAAGAGCUGCACUCCUCGCUGGAAGCUGUGCGUCAGCGACACCGACAUCGCCCUGGGCUUUGCUCUCGGAGCCAUGUUCGUCAAAGCCACCUUUGCCGAAGACAAUAAAGCCAUUGCUGAAGACAUGGUCGCAGAUAUUAAAUGGGCUUUUGAGGACAGUCUGAAGGAUGUGGGCUGGAUGGACCCGGAAACAAAAAAAGCAGCCAAAGAAAAGGCAGACGCAAUAUACAACAUGGUGGGAUAUCCAGACUUCAUCAUGAACUCCACGAAGCUGGACAAAGUGUUCAAUGAUUUUGAGGUGGUGUCAGAUCUCUACUUCCAAAAUGUCAUGCAGUACUACAACUUCUCAGCCAGAGUGACGGCCGACCAGCUGAGGAAAACCCCCAACAGAAACCAGUGGAGCAUGACCCCGCCGACUGUGAAUGCAUAUUACAACCCGACCAAGAACGAGAUGGUUCUGCCAGCAGGAAUCCUUCGAGCUCCGUUCUACAGUCGAUCCUGGCCCAAAGCUCUCAACUUUGGUGGAAUAGGCGUAGUCAUGGGACAUGAGCUGACGCAUGCUUUUGAUGACCAAGGGAGAGAAUACGACAAGGAUGGAAACCUGCGGCCCUGGUGGAAGAACUCCUCUGUGGAGGCGUUCAAGAAGCAGACCCAGUGCAUGGUGGAGCAGUACGGAAACUACACCAUCAACAAGGAGCCUCUGAAUGGAAAACAAACCCUCGGAGAGAACAUCGCUGACAACGGUGGACUCAAAGCUGCCUACAAGGCUUAUGUGAACUGGAUCGAAAAGAACGGAGAGGAGGCCACGCUGCCCGCCCUGGGAUUGACGAACCAUCAGCUGUUUUUUGUAGGAUUUGCACAGGUAUGGUGCUCCGUCAGGACACCGGAGAGCUCACACGAGGGCGUGAUCACAGAUCCGCACAGUCCAUCAAAAUUCAGAGUCAUCGGCACCAUCUCCAAUUCACAUGACUUCUCAAAGCACUUUGGCUGCAAAGCUGAUGCUCCUAUGAACCCUAAACACAAGUGUGAGCUCUGGUGAGACCUCACCUCUUGUUGCUGUUUAUCACCCAGGAGUGAAACGGACGUUGAUGGGGGAGAGUAGCUAUUUUAAUAGCUUGAUAUUGACAGUCUCUCUGGACAAGGAACACGAGAACCACUGAAGCUCCUGCUGUUGUUGCCACGUUGAGGCCCCUUACCUGGACAAACUGUGCCUGCUCUGUACAGAGGAUUUCAGUCUUCGAAGUUUCUCCUCAAGGACUGCUUGUAUAGCAAACAGCUCUCCCUGAGCUCUGAAAUCUGAUGUGGCUAUAAAUGUGCUUUUUUAGAACACUGGAAACCCAAUAGAUAGUUGCAGAAAGCGGGGGAACCACUGUCAAACAGCUUGUUUGUCCCAGUAAUGAAUGAGCGAGGAAGUUUCUUUCUAUUGUAACUCGUCACUACGCUCUGAUCUGCUACGGUUUUAUUGUUAUUGUAUUUUAUUAAUGGUGAUACUCUUUACACAACAGUGAACCAGGAAGUCCACGAUUUUUAAAUGUGGUGGAAGACGAAAAUCUGGUUCACACCCGGACAAGUUAAAGCCGUUCAUUUAGAAUUGGUUUUAAAUAUAUUUUAACACUGCAUCAACAGUUUGCCUUUGAAUCUUUGUUAUACUUUAUGUUGCACAAUCUGGUCAAAUUUUAUAGAGAUUAAUUCAGAACUUGGUCAUGUAGAUUAGAUUAAACUUUAUUGUCAUUGCACGUCACAAGUAUAAAGCAACGAAAUGCAGUAGACUAAGCCAUAAAUGUUUUUAUGAGUAAACAUUAUUUUGUAUAAUAAAACCAGUCGUAAAACA